CAAUCUUACUCGAGUUCUACCAAUUUCUUUUACCAAACCAACAAAAUUAGUAAACAAAAAAAAAUAACCCUCAAAGAUUUCCAAUUACAUUUCCUUCAUAAAAAAGACCAAGAAACAAAAAAAAAAAAAAAAAGAACUAGUAAAGAAUCAUCAUGUGUGGAGGAGCAGUAAUCUCCGACUUCAUACCCACUGGUAGAUCUCAUAAGCUGACCGCUGAUUAUUUGUGGCCUGAUCUCAACGGUGCAGGAGCAAAGAAGGUUAACUCUGGCUAUUCUAAGCCAUUGAGAUCUGGGAUCAUUAAUGUUGAUGAUGAUGAUGAUGAUGAGGCUUUUGAAGCUGAUUUUCUAGAGUUCAAAGAUGAGUCUGAUGAAGAUAUUUCUGUUACUGAAGAUUUCAAGCCCUUUUCUUUUGGAGUUUUCAAGUCUAAACUUUCUUCUGGAUUGAAGCCUGUGGAAUUCAAUAGCCCUGCUGAAAAGUCCGCCAAGAGAAAGAGAAAGAACCAGUACCGUGGUAUCCGACAGCGCCCAUGGGGUAAAUGGGCUGCUGAGAUCCGUGACCCUAGGAAGGGCGUUCGAGUUUGGCUCGGAACCUUCAACACUGCUGAAGAAGCUGCUAGGGCAUAUGACGCCGAGGCACGGAAGAUCCGUGGUGAGAAGGCUAAGGUGAAUUUCCCUGAAGAAGCAGCACCGGUAUCUGCUGCUGCUCCUAGGCGUACUGUUAAAGCCCGCUCUCAGAAAACUGUUGCCAAGAAAAACUCAACAGCACCACCACAAAACAUAAACCAAAACUUCAAUCUCAUGAACAAUGUUGAGAAUGAGUUUUACAGUAGUUUUGCUUUAGUGGAAGAGAAACCACAAGUUAAGCAGUUUGAGUGUUCUGAACCAAUGCCUGCUGUAGGAGGAGAGGUAGGAUUUAAACCCUUUAAUGAUGCUACUACUGGUUUGUAUUUCACUUCAGAGGAAGGUAGUAACUCCUUUGAUUGUUCUGAUUUUGGUUGGGGAGAAAAUGUCCCGAAAACUCCAGAAAUAUCAUCCUUCUUUGCGACUGCCCUUGAUGGUGGUGAUGUGCUCGAUGAUGGGUUUGCAACAAAGAAAUUGAAAUCUACAUCAGGAGACGCUGUACCUGCUGAUAACAGUGGAAAAAGCCUAUCUGAGGAGCUCUCUGAUGCUGAUUUUGAUUCCCAGUUGAAUUUCUUAGAUAUGCCUUAUCUUGAUGAGAACUGGGCUAUCAAUGCUUUCCUUGGAAAUGAUGCAUCUAAUGAGGAUAGUUCGAUGAAUCUGUGGAGCUUCGAUGACCUCCCGGCUCUGUCCGGGACAGUCUUCUGAGCCAAGGGUGCGCUCUUAGCUAGCCUUCUCCAUGUAAAUAAAACAUGUUAGUUUAUCAUCUUUGGUUAACUAGUCUUUGUAUGUUGAGUCAUUAUGAUAAAAUCUUUGGAUUUUGGGUUCAAAAUUUUAACCCGGAAGAGGUGAUUCGGAUCUUUCUUUUGAUCAAUUUUCAGGCUGUUCGUGAGGUGCCUUUAAAAUAUGAGAUUGCCUUGUGGUGUUUGUUGGGCAGCCGCUGUUAUAUGCGAGUACAUAGGUAACUUUAGGUUCGCCCUUUGCAUUGAGACUCUUUAAAAGUUUAAGAAUAUGUAUUUUGUUGUAAUUUAUGCAGACUUUGAUGAAAGCUCUAUGCUUUCAACCUGUUAUCGCGCUUUUAAACUAUGGUUCCUUGCUUUUAUAUCUAAUGUAUCCGCUAUUGGAUAUGUUGCUUAA